AUUUAUACAUAAAUAGUGCGCCAGUGAUAUCGAAACUGCGGAAGGUCGUCUGUCUGUCCCUGCAAGCAGACGGACGGUUUUUGGGGGUAGGACGUCUCACAGGUGACCCUGCUGCUGAGGGGGAAGUUCAGCCAUUAACCUGCUCUUUCUGGAAGUUUGAAAGAGCUAGAGGGACUCCCGGGGCCAUGUCGACCCUCCUGCGCUGCAUCUCCAGCUCCUCUGUCGUCUUGUUCCAGCGAGGUGUCCGUCAGAAAAUCCCUGGAAAGAGACAGUUCAGGACUUUCCCUGUGUUAUGGGACCAAAAGGCCUCCAGAGGUGUGCUCUACAAGGACGUGGUGGUUGGAGUUCCUAAGGAGACUCUACAGAAUGAACGGCGUGUGGCCUUGUCUCCUGCCGGGGUCCAAGCGCUGGUCAAACAAGGUUUCAGGGUUCAAGUGGAGAGUGGAGCCGGAGAUGAAGCCAAAUUCUCUGACCAGCAGUACAAAGAUGCUGGAGCUACCAUCACUGACGUCAAGGGAGCCCUCGGUUCAGACUUGGUCCUCAAGGUUCGAGCCCCCAGUUUGAGUGAGAUAGACCUCUUAAAACCAAAGUCUACCUUGGUGAGUUUCAUCUAUCCGGCACAGAACCAGGAGCUGAUGAGGAAGCUGGCAGAGAGGCAGAGCACUGUGUUAGCCAUGGACCAGGUGCCCAGAGUGACCAUCGCACAGGGCUACGACGCUCUCAGCUCCAUGGCUAACAUCGCCGGGUACAAGGCUGUGGUUCUGGCUGCAAACCACUUUGGCAGGUUCUUUACUGGUCAGAUCACAGCUGCAGGAAAAGUACCACCAGCUAAGGUCCUGGUUAUUGGAGGUGGAGUGGCUGGUUUAGCAGCAGCAGGGGCAGCCAAGUCCAUGGGAGCCAUCGUCAGAGGCUUUGACACCAGGCCAGCAGCUCUGGAGCAGUUCAAGUCAUUUGGUGCAGAGCCUUUGGAAGUAGACAUCAAGGAGUCUGGCGAGGGGGUGGGCGGUUAUGCCAAAGAGAUGUCAAAGGAGUUCAUCGAGGCUGAGAUGGCCCUUUUCGCCAAGCAGUGCAAAGAGGUCGACAUUCUCAUCAGCACUGCUCUGAUUCCAGGGAAGCGGGCUCCCAUUUUGAUCAAGAAGGAGUUUGUGGACACUAUGAAGGAUGGCUCUGUGGUGGUGGAUCUGGCUGCGGAGGCUGGGGGCAACAUUGAAACCACCAAGCCUGGAGACCUGUAUGUUUAUAAGGGAGUAACACACAUCGGCUAUACGGACCUGCCCAGCCGCAUGCCCACCCAGGCCAGCACUCUGUAUUCAAACAACGUACUGAAGCUGCUGAAGGCCAUUAGCCCAGACAAGGAAUACUUCCACUAUGAGCCAAAAGAGGAAUUUGACUAUGGAACAAUUGACCACGUCAUCCGUGGGACUCUUGUAAUGCAGCACGGAAAGAACAUGUUCCCAGCACCUCUCCCUAAAACCGUCCCGCCAGCUCCAGUAAAAGCGAAGUCGGUCGCCGAGUUGGAGGCCGAGAAAGCGGCAACCGUUUCUCCCUUCAACCGCACCAUGACCUCCGCCGGGGUCUACACCGCAGGAGUGUCCACCUGUCUGGCUCUGGGCAUCAUCUCCCCGAACGCAGCUUUCACCCAGAUGGUCACGACCUUUGGUUUGGCCGGGAUUGUGGGAUACCACACCGUGUGGGGCGUGACCCCCGCUCUGCACUCGCCCCUCAUGUCCGUAACCAACGCCAUCUCAGGUCUGACUGCAGUAGGAGGUCUGGUGCUGAUGGGUGGAGGUCUCACACCCUCCACUCUGCCUCAGGGUCUCGCCCUGGCUGCUGCCUUCGUUUCCUCCAUCAACAUUGCCGGCGGUUUCCUGAUCACCCAGAGGAUGCUGGACAUGUUUAAACGUCCUACUGACCCUCCUGAGUACAACUACCUGUACGCGCUGCCUGGGGCUGCGUUUGUUGGAGGAUACGGAGCCUCUCUGGCUGCUGGAUACAGCAUUGAGCAGAUGAUGUACCUGGGCUCAGGCUUGUGUUGUGUCGGGGCUCUGGCGGGCCUUUCUGCUCAGAAGACCAGUCGGCUGGGGAACGCCCUGGGGAUGAUGGGAGUCGCGGGGGGCAUCGCCGCCACCCUCGGGGCCCUCAAACCCUCCCCAGAGCUGCUGUCUCAGAUGUCCCUGGCCAUGGCCACUGGAGGAACCAUGGGUCUGACCAUUGCCAAGCGCAUUGAAAUCACAGACUUGCCGCAGCUGGUGGCAGCCUUCCACAGCCUCGUGGGGCUGGCGGCCGUCCUCACCUGUGUUGCCGAGUUCAUGAUCGAGUACCCCCAUCUGGACGCUCACCCAGCCGCAGGUGUCGUGAAGACCGUGGCUUACCUGGGCACCUACAUCGGCGGCGUCACCUUCAGCGGAUCCCUGGUGGCCUAUGGAAAGCUUCAAGGCCUCCUGAACUCUGCUCCACUGCUGUUGCCUGGACGACACAUGUUAAAUGCCGGUCUGAUGGCGGCGUCCAUGGGAGGCAUGGUGCCCUUCAUGCUCAGCUCCAGCUAUGGCACUGGCAUGGGCUGUCUGAUUGGAGUGUCCGGGCUUUCCACCGUUAUGGGUGUAACACUGACGGCUGCCAUUGGUGGCGCCGACAUGCCCGUGGUGAUCACCGUGUUGAACAGCUACUCUGGAUGGGCGCUCUGUGCCGAAGGCUUCUUGCUAGACAACAACCUCAUGACGAUCGUGGGAGCCCUCAUCGGCUCCUCUGGUGCCAUCCUCUCCUACAUCAUGUGCGUGGCCAUGAACCGCUCCCUGCCCAACGUGAUCCUGGGCGGGUACGGCACCACCUCCACGGCGGGCGGAAAGCCCAUGGAGAUCGUCGGCACUCACACCGAGGUCAAUGUGGACCAGACCAUUGACAUCAUCAAAGAAUCCAACAGCAUCAUCAUCACGCCAGGGUGGGGUCUGUGCGCAGCCAAAGCCCAAUAUCCAAUUGCAGACAUGGUGAAGAUGCUGAGAGAGCAGGGCAAGACUGUCAGGUUUGGUAUCCACCCAGUCGCUGGUCGUAUGCCGGGCCAACUGAACGUCCUUUUGGCUGAGGCGGGAGUUCCUUAUGAUGUGGUCCUGGAGAUGGAUGAGAUCAACGACGACUUCCCAGAGACGGAUUUGACGCUCGUCAUCGGUGCCAACGACACGGUGAAUUCUGCAGCACAGGAAGAUCCCAACUCUAUAAUCGCUGGCAUGCCUGUCCUGGAGGUGUGGAAGUCCAAACAGGUGAUCGUGAUGAAGCGUACCUUGGGCGUUGGUUACGCUGCAGUGGAUAACCCCAUUUUCUACAAGCCAAACACAUCCAUGUUGCUGGGAGAUGCCAAGAAGACCUGCGACAGCCUACAAGCCAAGAUCAGAGAGACCUUCUACUAAUUACUAUUACAUGUAUUGUGUACAGAAAUCUCAAGCACAAAAGCAAAUGAACAGAAAUUAUAUUUCAAGCAUUGGGUUUUAGGAUGCAUAUUUUUCCAGGAUGAAUUUAAUGGGUCUCACAUACGAAUGUGAUUCCAUUCGUUAGGUGGGAAAGAUUCAUAAGAUGAUUCAUUUUUUUUCUCCUUUGUUGAAAAUAAGAGACAAGAAAAGCACAAACGUGUACUGAUUUGUAAAUAAAAUAUUUAAAUGUGACUGAAA